CAGAGCAGCAGCUUGUUGCACGACCAGCUUCUUGGUAAACUAACUUGAGUUCGGCGUUAAAACCCAAACCAGUUGCCUGACAAACCGCGUUUUGCGUGGACCGGGCAGAAUGCUCGCUUCGGUUAAAAAAUAAGCCUUAUUCCCCCUGACCUAACGAGUCAUUUACCGCAGUUUCCAUCGAGCUCUUUUGCCGUCUGCGUGAUUUGUGGUCAAGAAACAGCAAAGCAGCGGCAGGUCAAUGUAACCAGAUCCCGAACAGAAGAAAGUGCCUUCUCUGAUGUUCCUACUUGAAGCUGCUCACCACACCCAUCCCACACUGUAAACAACACUGGCUUGGCCUCCAAAAAGAUCUCAAUUCCUCAGACUUGCCAAAGCACAAGGAACUGACACACUCUUUCUAUUCACGGACAUUAUUCGAUAUUGUUCCAACGAGAGCCAUAGCCUUCAGAUAUUGCUGUCCACAACCAUCUGCUCAGGACCAUUUGGAGACCUGCAGCAUGUUCUUAUUGCCGUGCCAGAGCUGUGCACCUGGGAAUAAAUGACUGAUGAACGACUUGGCAGAGAUUGACAGCUUCACUAAUAGCGGCCAUCUCCCGUGCGACAGCCACCGGGGGUCUGUAUGUGACAUCUCUUUGUAAAGGGCCUUGCAAACAAACCACAAAACUAGACCCAAAACAACACAGAAAUACGUUCGCAGACUUUUGAACUCAAAUCAACAGUCCUGCUACUGACACUGUAGAGGUUCUCCAACAGCUAUGGCUUUAAACAUUGCGUCGAUGCGGGACACAAAAUGGCUGACGCUCGAGGUGUGCCGCCAGUUUCAGAGAGGGACGUGCUCGCGCAGCGAUGAGGAAUGCAAAUUCGCCCAUCCGCCCAAGAGCUGCCAGGUGGACAACGGACGGGUGAUCGCCUGCUUCGACUCGCUGAAGGGUCGGUGUACGAGAGAGAACUGUAAGUACCUUCACCCUCCAGCGCAUCUGAAGACGCAGCUGGAAAUCAAUGGACGCAACAAUCUCAUCCAGCAGAAGACUGCAGCAGCGAUGCUGGCGCAGCAGAUGCAGUUCAUGAUCCCUGGCACCACCAUGCAACCAGUGUUUCUUAUGUCGUCUUCUUCACAGCCUACAUUUCCUGUUAGCCAAGGUCUGGGCUCAAACCCUGGACUAAGUUACGCACCGUAUCUGACUCCCAUGAGCCAUGGCAUGGGUUUGGUCCCCACAGAGAUGCUUCCCAGCACCCCUGUAAUCGUCCCUGGCAGCCCGCCAGUCAGUAUGCAGAGCUCGUCCUCCACACAGAAACUACUGCGCACAGACAAGCUUGAGGUGUGUCGUGAGUUUCAGAGGGGCAACUGUGCACGUGGGGAGACGGACUGCCGCUUCGCCCAUCCUAGCGACAGCCCCAUGAUUGACACGAGCGACAACACGGUCACCGUGUGCAUGGACUACAUCAAGAGCCGCUGCUCACGCGAGAAGUGCAAGUAUUUCCACCCUCCGGCGCACCUGCAGGCCAAGAUCAAAGCAGCCCAGCAUCAGGCCAACCAGACUGCUGUCGCAGCGCAGGCCGCCGCUGCAGCCAUGACUCAGUCGACUGCCAAAGCAAUGAAGCGACCCCUCGAGGCAUCUGUAGAUCUGGCGUUUCCCCAUGGAGUCCUGCAGCCCCUACCAAAGAGACCAGCACUAGAAAAGAGUAAUGGGGCCAGUACCCUCUUCAACCCCAGUGUCUUGCACUACCAACAGGCUUUGGCCAACGCACAGCUCCAGCAGCACACCGCUGCGUUCUUUCCCACAGGGUCAGUUCUGUGCAUGGCUCCUGCUAGCAGCAUUGCAACAACUCCUGCCACAAGUGUCCCCUACGCAACAACAGCACCAGCCAAUCAGAUCAUCUUGAAGUAAACCACAGAAGAGGAACGGGGUGUCAAGAAGCUGCUUUAAUAAACCCACAGCAAUCCCCGUGUAAAUACGACCUGCCCUCCCCUUUAGAACUACAGCAACCUGCAUGCUAAAGCGUAAACACAAAUCACACAUCAUAUAUCUGUUAUGCUUGGAAAAGUGACUCAACCGGUUUCUAACACACACACACAUAUAUAUAUAUAUAAUGUACAGCACGUUUCAUAGAGGCAUAAGUGAGAUUUAUCCCAAUGAUCGGUCACUCGUCAGAUAAUGUGUAUUUUUCUCAUGAUUGUUUUAAAUACAAAUGCACAAUGAGUGGGCGACGAGCUAGAAAACACAAACUCAAACAGUUUGCACUGUCGGAAAUCGUGCUUAAUAAGUGCUUGAUCUCCUGCAGAGUAUGUCUUAAACAUCCCCAUGCACCCUCUUUUAUUUCUCAUUUUAAUACACAAAAACACUGAAUGUCACACGGCGGACACAAAGAAGAUUGUCUACUGGUCAGAAUGCGCUCCUCUGCUUGGACUUGAGCUAUCUUCGGAAACGAUUAGAGAAGAUAUUAUUCCCAACCCUUCAUCCCCAGUGGCCAAAGAAAGGUUUACAACGACACAAAGCGCAUAACGGUUGAAAACCAGCGUCGGAAGUGCGAAUGUGGCAAACCCGGUGCCAUGCAAUCACUUUUCUGUCUGCGUCUCUGCUAAAGGACUGUGUUUUACUCCUUUCUUUUUGUUUUUAAAUGGACACUGAAUGAUUUUGAUGUGCCUGUGGAAACACUGGUCAUCAGGGAGUCGACUCUGGCUUCUAUCCCGUGCCAAGGGCUUACAUUAAACUGGAGAGCUGCUGUAAACAAACUCGUACACACUCGUACACGAGAUGGACUUCUCCAGAUUGUCUGGGGCCUGUUUGUAGUCCCACUCACACAGUGCCCAGUGAUCAGAAAUGACGAUGACGAGGGGGAAACGUUGCAGUAGACGAUCUUUGACACGUUGUGAAUGGAGGGUGCUGGGCUCUCGCCGAUAAUCCUGUUUUAUUUGAUAAACAGUAGAAGUGCCUAAAAAAAAUAUUUUACACAGCAAGCAUCUUAAGAAGAUGAUUUUAUGUGGGGUUGGGGGUUAUAAAACCAUUCAAAGCAAAGCUCCUGAAAGAUUUCGGACAGAAAGAGACAAAAAAAAAGUAGUUGAAUGCAUUUCAUGCACAUCAUGGUCUGUUUCAUUACACAAUAUCGAUGUUGCUAGACAUUGGAGCAAGAUGGCAUAGGCAGAAGGUUUGUUUUGUUGUAUGAUGUUAGCUUUUAUGCUUUCUUGGAGUAGUUGACAUUGGAAAAACGUAGGUAACUUCAAGCUAAAUGUCUGUAACGCAUGACGUUUUGAGUUUGGUAAAGAUUGUCAUUGCGGUGUGUUCUUAACUAGUUAUGUUGAGUCUGAGGACUGUCCUCUGUUAAAGAAAUAGUUCUUUCAAAAACUAAAAAAAAAAUUAGCUGAUAAUGUACUCACCCUCAGACCAUUCAAAAUGUAGAUGAGUUUCCUCAUUGGGACAGAUUUGGAGAAAUGUAGCAUUUCAUCACUUGCUCACCAAUGGAUCCUCUGCAGUGAAUGGGUGCCGUCAGAAUGAGAGUCCAAACAGCUGUUUAAAAACAUCACAACAGUAAUCCACAUGACUCCAGUUCAUCUAUUAACAUCUUGUAAAGCCAAAAUAUGCAAGUUUCUAAGAAACAAACCCAGAAAAGCCUUCUCCAGUGAAAAAGUAAUCUGGUCUGAAACAGGAGAGAAAUAUGCACAGAUCAAGCACCGUUUACAAGCCAAAACAGCUCUAAACAAAAAUGUGAGUGGAUU